GCCUUUACGUUACAAACUUACAACAACUCCAAUUCACAAUUUCACAAUUCCCAAAACAUACCCACUCUACUACCAAAGUACUGCCUAGAGAAGGAUAGAAAAAGAGGCUACCUGAAUUAAACUAAACCCAGAAAAGAGUUAAAAUCAAAAUUCCCAAAUUAAAUAAUUGGAAAAAAAAAAGGCACUGUAGAACAAUUCAUGGUUCUUGAUCAAAACAAGAGAACCCUUCAAAAGACAAUCAAACAGUAUAAAUGAAGAAAAAAAUUUAAUUCAAGGGCCAAUUCAAUUCAAUGAUGGGUACCACUGUUUCUUUUCUUCAUCUUUCCAAACUUUUCCUCAAUAUUUCCGACAAUAGAAAUUAUCGUUGUUUCGAGCAAUAUGAGUAACAGGAGCUCUGUAAGAGUUCCGAAGAAGAGUAGUGGUUGUUGGAAUUGUCAGAGUAUAAUGCAGUGCUUCUGUUCUGGAGAACCGAUGAGAGUGGAUGAGAUCCUGAAGCGGUCUGAUUCACUUGAUGAUGUCCAACUUAGGCCUGAUACUAUGAAUAUUGAAGAAGCCGAGUCAUCACUUCGUGAAAGUGGUGGUCUUAACUAUGAGGAAGCAAGAGCGUUGUUAGGAAAAUAUGAGUAUCAGAAAGGAAACAUUGAGCAAGCUGUACAGGUAUUUGAAGGGAUUAAUGUCACCUCAGUUACUCCCAAGAUCAAACUUACUCUUGCCAGAAUUAGAGAUCGUCCAAAAAGGCGUUCUCAAAGUGAUCCGGCCCCACCAAUGUCACUACAUGCUGUUAAUUUAUUAUUUGAGGCCAUGUUACUAAAAGCAAAAUCAUUGCAGUCCCUUGGGAAGUUUAAAGAAGCUGCUCAAUCAUGCAAAAUUAUUCUGGACAUUGUUGAAUCUUCAUUACCAGCUGGCUUGCCUGACAACUUUGGUAUUGAGUCUAAACUACAGGAGACUCUAAUCAGGGCUGUAGAGUUGCUUCCUGAAUUAUGGAAACUGGCUGAUUGUCCGCAGGAUGCAAUUUUGUCGUACCGAAAAGCCCUUCUGCAUCGUUGGAACCUUGACGCUGAUACUUCUGCCAGAAUACAGAAAGAGUUUGCUGUUUAUCUGUUGUUUAGUGGUGCUGAGGCAAGUCCACCAAAUUUGCGUUCUCAAAAGGAUAGUUCAUUUGUACCUAAAACCAAUAUAGAAGAGGCUACUCUGCUGUUAUUGCUUCUGUUAAUAAAAGUGACUAUGCGACAGAUUGAAUGGGAUCCCUCGAUUGUGGAACAUUUAUCUUUUGCUCUAAGUGUUGCUAAUCAACCGCAGGCUUUAGCCUGGGUGAUAGAAGCAUUGCCUCCUGGGAUAAUUGAGAGAAAGGAUUUGUAUCACACUCUAGCGCUUUGUUAUAAUGCACAUGGUGACAAUUUUGCUGCUUUGAAUCUUUUAAAAAAGUUAUUGCAUCAUUCUGAGGAUCCAAAUCAUUUAUCUGGCCUACUAAUGGCAUCAAAAAUCUGCAGUGAAAGCCCUAGUUUGGCUGAGGAGGGGAUUACAUAUGCUCAAAGAGCUCUAGUUUACAAGGAGGAUCGAUGUAAUCAUACAGCUGGUCGUAUGUACUCUUUUCUGGGCAUGUCAUUUUCAGAGUAUGAUGAAUCCGCAGUCUCUGAUUCCGAGCGGGUUACAAGGCAGACAGAAGCUGUUCUGGCUCUGGAAUCUGCUGGGAAAUUGACAAAGUUUAGUGAUUCCAUGUCUGUGUACCAUCUAAGUCUACAAUAUGCUUUGCAAAGAAAGUUGAAUGCUGCAGCAUAUUAUUCUAAGAAAUUGCUGAAGUUGGAUGGCGGAACCAACAUUAAAGGAUGGCUGCUGUUAGCACGGAUUUUAUCUGGGCAAAAAUGUUAUGUUGAUGCAGAAACAGUUAUUGAUGCUGCUUUGGAUCAAAUUGGAAAGUGGGAUCAGGGAGAGCUUUUGAGUACAAAAGCUAAGAUCCAAACUGCUCAGGGCAAUCUAAAAAAGGCCAUUGAGACAUAUAUGCAGAUUCUUGCCCUUUUACAAGUAAAAAAGAAGAGCUCUGGAUCUAGGAAGAGUCUUGAUAAUCACGAUCGGCAGUUAGAGCUGCAAACAUGGCAUGAUCUGGCAUGUAUAUAUAUCAGCUUGUCACAGUGGAAUGAUGCCGAGAUUUGUCUGUCUAAAGCCAAGGCCAUCAGUCCUAAUAGUGCUUCCAGAUGGCACAUUUUAGGUUCAUAUCACGAAGCAAAAGGCCUUUACAAGCAAGCUCUUGAUGCUUUCAACACUGCCUUGAAUAUCGAUCCUUGUUAUGUCCCAAGCUUAAUCUCCUUAGCUAUGGUACUUAGACGAUUCAGUUGUAAGCAUAAUUCAGUCAUUAGAACCUACCUAAUGAACGCACUCAAGCUUGACAGGACUAAUCAUGUUGCUUGGUAUAACCUAGGCCUGCUUUGCAAAGCAGAUAGUGAAUCAUCGGUUUCUGAUGCUGCAGAAUGCUUUGAAGCUGCUGCAUUUCUUGAAGAGACUGCUCCCGUGGAACCCUUUAGAUGACCUAAUAUAAUAAUGAACCUUGUUGUGUUAGUGUAGUGCUUAUAUAUACUGCUCAUAGCAUCAUACAUGGAUACCCUCUUAUUUCUACAUCCUGCAAGUUUUUGGAAGAGCAAUAAAAGGAAAUGAUAAUUUUUUUUCCCAGUAUACGUUUGUAAUACUUUGUAAAAUGGAUAGUAUGCUUCUGUGAAUAAUUACAUGCGAUGGUUUAAGAAUUAGUGGACAUGCAAUUGUAAAGCUCAACUUCAGCUGUUAUUCAUUCAAUGAUCAUAUCUGAUAUCUCUCCCUAGUUUUUUUUUUUUUUAUACACCAUGAACCAUUGUAUAUUUAUACAUGCAAACUGUUUGUAGCUUGACAGGGUCACAUGAAACUGAGAAACAGAGGAAAUAAGCCGUGCAUGUAUUUUGCUGUUCCGAAUUCUCGGGCCGUGGCAUGUGAAAAAAGUGUUGUUUGGAUAGCAAUGAUGGAAGACUAGAGGGAAAGAAAGGAAAAGGAAGGAAUUUUGGUAUCAAAAAAGAGACUUUAGUAUCAAGGGUUCUCCAAGUUUUUCAGAAUUUUGUUUUACUUUUGAUUCUUUAAAUCAAAGAUCUUAGUAGCUGCACAUUCCGAUUAAGCAAUGAUCUACGAUCUUGAUCUAGAAUUGAUAACGAAGCUAGCUGAACACGUUGAGUUUUAUGAAGAUUUUGAGACGUUUGGUAAAGUCUGUACGUGCUGGAGAAGAGCUAUGAAACGUGCUAAUAGAUCAGCAGCAUCACGUCAAACCCUUGGCUAAUGCUUUAACCUGAAAGCGGCAAUAUUUAUUCAAAGGAACUAUUAUACAGCUUCUACAGCCGCAAGAUCAGCAAGCUAGACUUGCCGACUCCAGAGGAUGAUCCUUAUGGCAUGUGGCAGUACAUAGUUUCUUCGUGUCGUGGGUGGCUAGUUUGUGUAAACGAUAUGGGUGCAAUGAAUAUUGUGAUUAGUCUAGUCCAUCCAAUUUCCAAGGAGGCAAUUAGAACCCCUGAGCUCCCAAGUGAUCUAACGUGGAAACUCAAAGAUUAUGAAGACUUUGAAUGCUAUGUUCGCAGUUAUUUGAGUUUUGCUUUGUCCGAAAGUCCUUCAAACACUUCUCAUUAUCUCCUAGCCUGUUUCUUCGAAGCUGAGGAUAGCGAGGAUGUCAACACUGUCGCGAUUUGGAAUAGCAAAGAAAGUUAUUGGGUGGUGAAGGAAUUAAGCGGUGAUGACACAAGAACACGCGUUACUGUCACUUUUCACAAGGGGGAAUUUUAUAUCUGUGAUGAGAGAAGUAAAACAAUUGUUGGAUUUGUCGUAAACAACAAUGCCAUAUGCACUCGGGUUCUACUCGUUAAACCUCCAUGGGAAGAGGACAAGGACAGGGGAAAGAUAUACUUGGUGGCAUCAGGUGACGCGCUAGUACUAGUUCGUUGUAAGCGUCCCAAUCCCUCUCGCUAUGGUGCUUAAAUUUCAGGAUGUGGGAAGUGAAUACUGAUAACGGGAAUACUAAAGAGGUCAAUAGUUUAGGAAAUAAAGCUCUUUUCUUGAGUCGUAAAUCAUCUUUUUUUGUGGAGGCAUCCUCAGACGACCGUGGUUGUAAGCCUAAUUGCAUUUACUAUGUCGAUGAUUCUGUUUAUGAAAGCGAUAAGUUCAUGGGUGUUUAUGAUUACAACUCUACCUCCGGUGGAAAAAUUCAAGACUA